ACAUAUUGUUUCACUCGUCGACGUAGGCUAUUUGUAUCAUGUUGAACGUGAAAGCAAAUGCAACUGUCUUGCAUAAAAACUAACUCAAGUAACACCCAUAACAGACCACCCACAUACUGAGAAGGGGGACCCGCCAGCAAGGACAGAGAAGACUGAGUUCAUUCAGUGAAGGCUAGUGGAUGACGCCAUUGAAACCGAGAACUGACAGACUUGAAAUUUGUAGCGAAAGGAUAACUAUGAAAUGGGGAAAAUUCAACAACUAUUUCUACGUUGAAUUAAAGUUGUAGUGCCAAGGAACACAACAUUCGUUGCCAGUUCGUAGGAGAUGACGGUCCUCAACGCUGUUCUAGAGUCCCCCGGUAUGCCCUGUCUCCUCCGGCAGCCCAGCGUCUCACCAUGAAUGCUAGCGGGAAUGUCUCCACUGCGGGAAACGCCACUGCUGCGUGGGACGCUGGUGGGGGCCCGGUGGUGCUUGAGUCAGUGUUCAUCGUCACCAUCGCCCUCCUGGCCUGCCUGGGCAACUUCCUCAUCGUGGCCACCCUGUACCGCAGGCCCUACCUCCUCACACCCAGCAACAAGUUUGUGUUCAGCCUGACCCUGUCCAACCUGCUGCUGUCAGUGCUGGUGUUACCCUUUGUGGCGGUGAGCUCAGCGCGGCGGGAGUGGGUGUUUGGUGUGGUGUGGUGCAACUUUACAGCCCUGAUCUACCUGCUCAUCAGCUCGGCCAGUAUGCUCACCCUGGGGGCCAUUGCCAUUGACAGGUACUAUGCUGUACUGUACCCCAUGAUCUACCCCAUGAAGAUCACAGGCAACCGGGCGGUGGUGGCAAUCGCCUAUGUGUGGCUGCACUCCCUGGUGGGCUGCCUGCCACCCCUCUUUGGCUGGUCCUCCUUCGAGUUCGACCGCUUCAAGUGGACAUGCGUGGCGGCCUGGCACCGCACCCCUGCCUACACCGCCUUCUGGGUCACCUGGUGCAGUCUGCCGCCGCUGCUCGCCAUGUUGGCAUGCUACGGCGUAAUCUUCCGCGUGGCACGCCUCAAGGCCCGCAAGGUGCAUUGUGGGACGACGGUGGUCGCGUCUUCAGAAGAAACGUCAUCGGGGGCUCAGAGGAACGACCAGCGUAAAAACUCAUCUACGUCCACGUCGUCCAAUGGAAGCCGGUGGAGUUUAGUGUAUGCUGGGAGCCAGUGCAAGGCUUUCGUCACCAUUAUGGUGGUGAUCGGGACCUUCCUGGUGACCUGGGGCCCCUACGUGGGGGUGGUGUGUACGGAGGCCCUGUGGGGUCAGGGCAGCGUGUCCCAGGGCUUGGAGACCCUGGUGGCCUGGCUGUCCUUCUGCAGCGCCGUCUGCCACCCGCUCAUCUACGGCCUGUGGAACAAGACUGUGCGCAAGGAACUGCUGGGCAUGUGUUUCGGGGAUCGCUACUACCGCGUGGAGUCGUUCGCCACACGCCACCGCACGUCACGCCUCUUCAGCAUCUCCAACCGCAUCACAGACCUGGGCAUGUCCCCUCACCUGACGGCCAUGUUGGUGGGAGGAGGGCAGCUCCUGGCCCCCGGCAGCAGCACUGGAGACACCGGCUUCAGUUUCACUCAGGACUCAUGUACAGACGUGAUGCUGCUUGACAACUUCUCCACAGAUGGCUCCUCCCACAUUGGAAGCGUGGCCGUAAAGAGGCGGAGCUCGGUCACCUUUGAAGACGAGCAACAGCAGAAUUCCAAAGCUGCAGAGAGCACCACCAUCCCUUCUACUGUCCAGGUCCAAGUAGAGAUACACAAAUCUCUGGACACCUUCGCCUCCUGCCUGGCCAGGGCCAUCGAAAGCGACGCUAAGCUCACCCUCUUUGGCGAGGACACACCCCUAUCUGGGGUGUUGUUUGCGGCUGCGGCGAGGGGGGCACAGAGGCCCCGUUACCUUGACGGUCAGAGGCUGAGGCUGGAGAGCAUCGAUGAAGGGAUCGUCAAAGACGACAGAGAAGACCAAGAGAGGGAGAAUGCAUAGAAUAAAUAUCCCUUUUCUUCUUUUAGGUACCUAAGUUUAUGGUACAUUGGGCAUUGCAUACUUUAUAAUCUUUGAACUCAGUACGCACAGUGUAUAUAUUUAAAAUAGACAUUUAUAACAAUGCAAGGCUUCUGCCAAUUACAGUGCAUGCCUCUGUAUCUAUUCUCAUGUGAAUAGAUACUUCACAUCAACAAGUGGGCCCAAUGACCAAUUUUCAUACGUUGAAAUCUUAAAUAGCAAUAGACACACUAAGGACAUUUUUGGACCAAAUGCGUGCCAUAUAUUGAGUGCCUUGCUAGUUGUACUAUAUAUACACCUCUGUUAAAUAGGAAGCCUUAACUACUGUAUCUUGACGGUUCAAUGUUUGUAUUUUAAUUUGAAAGCUUUUGUUUAUGCCUAUGAUAAUAUCUUAAGCCACUUAUUCCAUAUUUUCUUUCCAUGCUUAAAGUCUGCCUCUUGCUGGUGUGAACAGAUAAGUCUGUUGUGUAGUUUUGGUGCGUUCAGCAGGGAACAAUGUUGUGGAACGUUCAUAUAGAAAUGUGUUAUGUAGAACAAACAUGCCUCAAUGACAUGUCAAAUAAGGGAUCAUGUUAGUUCUAUUCGUGACAUUUCUAUCUGCAACGUUUCACAACAUUUGCCAACUGAACGUGGCCAGGUAUUCCCGGGAGGAGAACUUCCUGGUUCUCAGUAGCUGUAAUGCUUUUAGAGCAGAGGACCAACUUCCUGUAUACUAUAACAUUUCACAGUACGGCAUGUGAAAACAUACCCUAGAAGAUAAAGUACAUUUGAAUGCACUUGAAUAAUGCAGUACCCAGAGUAUGAAUCUGUCCCCUUCUGAUUUGUAUGUUGUUUUGGAAAGCCGUGACUUAUCAAGUACACUAUAUAUAUACAAAAGUAUGUGGACACCCCUUCAAAUUAGUGGAUUUGGCUAUUUCAGCCAAACCUGUUGCUGACAGGUGUAUAAAAUCGAGCACACAGCCGUGCAAUCUCCAUAGACAAACAUUGGCAGUUGAAUGGCCUUACUCAAGAGCUCAGUGACUUUCAACGUGGCUCCGUCAUAGGAUGCCAGGAGAACGCUACCUGCCCCAAUGCGUAGUGCCAACUGUAAAGUUUGGUGGAGGAGGAAUAAUGGUCUUGGGCUGUUUUUCAUGGUUUUGGUUAGGCCCCUUAGUUCCAGUGAAGGGAAAUCUUAACCUUACAGCAUACAAUGACAUUCUAGACGAUUCUGUGCUUCCAACUUUGUGGCAACAGUUUGGGGAAGGCCCUUGCCUGUUUCAGCAUGACAAUGUCCCCGUGCACAAAGCGAAGUCCACACAGAAAUUGUUUGUCAAGAUCGGUGUGGAAGAACUUGACUGGUCUGCACAGAGCCCUGACCUCAACCCCAUCAAACACCUUUGGGAUGAUUUGGAAUGCUGUCUGCGAGCCAGGCCUAAUCGCCCAACAUCAAUGCCCGACCUCACUAAUGUUCUUGUGGCUGAUUGGAAGCAAUUCCCAGCAGCAAUGUUCCAAUGUCUAGUGGAAAGCCUUCCCAGAACAUGGGAGGCUGUUGUAGCAACAAAGGGGGGACCAACUCCAUUUUAAUGGCCAUGAUUUUGUAAUUAGAUUUUUGACGGGCAGGUGUCCACAUACUUUUGGUCAUGUAGUGUAUCUCUCCUGUCAGUAUUACUCUACAAUGGUCCUAGUGUGGGUGAGCUGCAGGCUUUGCAGGACUGUGGUAUUUUAUCAGACUGACAAAGUCAAGCACAUAAUAGGACAACAUAAAGCCACUUACAGUAUUACUGUAUUUUUCAAAAAUGUUACUCUGUUGGUUAGGAUUUCUGGUACAUGUCAUGUGGGCUCUCUAUGUCCCUGUAGCGAGGGACACCUAACCUGAUCCCAGAUCUGUAAGUGCUGCUUUAGUCAACGCCUCUGACUGUGCUCUCAAGCACAUACUGAUCUGAAGCCAGGCUAAGGUUACCAUCCCUUGUUCAAACACUAUAGUUAUCAUCACAUAUCUAACACGUUAUACAUUCUGAAUCACUUCACUAGAGAACCAUUUCUCACCCUGAGAGAAUCACUGUCGAUCCUAUUAGCAAUUUGGGGUGUUUACCUCAGUUUAUUAGGUGCACGCAUCUAGUACUGGGUCGGGACCCACCUUUUGCUUCCAGAACAGCCUGAAUUAUUUGGGGUAUAGAAACAUCGCUCAAUUGGUAUCAAGGGAUCUAACGUUAGCCAGGAAAGAAAUCCCCACACCAUUACACCACCGCCACCAGCCUGUACCGUUGACACCGGGCAGGAUGGGACCAUGCACUCAUGCUGCUGACACCAAAUCCUGACUCUGCCAUCGGCAUGACUCAACAGGAACCGGGAUUCGUCGGACCAGGCAACGUUUUUCCAUUCAAUUGUCCAGUGUUGAUCGCGUUCCCACAGGAGCUGCUUCUUUUUGUCUUUAGCUGAUAGGAGUGGAACCCGGUGUGGUCAUAUUCUUCAAUAUCCGUGACAAGAACCGACGAGUUGUGCGUUCCAAGAUGCCGUUCUGCACACCGCUGUUGUACUGCUCCGUGAUUUGCCAUUCGACCUCUCAUCAUCGAGCUGUUUUCUCCCACAGGACUGCUGCUGACUGAAUUUUUUGUUGUUGUUGGGUCGCACCAUUCUAGGUAGACCCUAGACACUGUAGUGCAUGAAAAAACAGAAUGCCGGCCAUUUCUGAGAUACUGGAACCGGUGCGCAUGUCACCGACGAUCAUACCACGCUCAAAGUCGCUUAGGUCACUUGUUUUGCCCAUUUGAACGUUCAAUCAAACAGUAACUGAAUUUCUCAAUGCCUGUCUGUCUACUUUAUAUAGCAAGCCACGGACAUGUCAGUAGAAGUGAACCAUUUAUGAAAAGGGUGUUGUACCUAAUAAACUGGCCCUCGUGUAUAUCUAUUUAUCUGUGUGUCACUAUCCCAGUAUGGUACUGCAUUGUUAGAGCAAUACUCCAGAAUGUAAGGUAUUGUACACUUUUGAUUUCCACUAAGGGCUGGAUUCAUUCUGUAUCGCAGAAGAUUAGCAUUUACAGCGUGAUUUAAAUUCAAAGGCAGUGUUCCCGCAUUCGCAGAGACUGCAUACACGGGAAACGAUGCAUAUGUUAGCUCAAUCGGAAAUUACCUUUACAUUUUAAAGCGUAUCUUCCGUGAUUUGGACUGAAUCCAGCCCUAAGACAUUUUGUACUGUUGUAUUAAAGUUUUUUUAUACAUA